AUGUCUGCAUUCAACCUGCUGCAUUUGGUGACAAAGAGCCAGCCAGUAGCCCUGCGAGCCUGUGGGCUUCCCUCAGGGUCAUGUAGGGAUAAAAAGAACUGUAAGGUGGUCUUUUCCCAGCAGGAACUAAGGAAGCGGCUGACACCCCUGCAGUACCAUGUCACUCAGGAGAAAGGGACCGAAAGUGCCUUCGAAGGAGAAUAUACACAUCACAAAGAUCCUGGAAUAUAUAAAUGUGUCGUUUGUGGAACUCCAUUGUUCAAGUCAGAAAGCAAAUUUGACUCCGGCUCAGGUUGGCCUUCCUUCCACGAUGUGAUCAGUUCUGACGCAAUCACGUUCACGGAUGACUUUUCCUACGGGAUGCACAGGGUGGAAACAAGCUGCUCUCAGUGUGGUGCUCACCUUGGGCACAUUUUUGAUGACGGACCUCGUCCAACCGGCAAAAGAUACUGCAUAAAUUCGGCUUCCUUGUCGUUCACGCCUGCAGAUAGCGGCCGCGGCGCCGAGGGAGGCCGUGGGGCGGGCAGCCCAGCCCAGGCAGACAACGCGGAGCUGUAG